CAGCAGAUUACGUGGUUUUCAAUUUUGAAUUUUAAUAGAAAUUUCCAUUUUCAUGCCGCUCGUUUCGAGUAAAAGAUAAAAAUUAAUGAAGAUUUAUUAAUACAUUUACCAUUAGUUGUUCGCUUGAAUGUCCGACUGUCAUUUGCGCUAAUAAAACGCGAUAAAACAAUACCCGGCGUAUUAUUAUUAGCAUGUCGAGGUGGUAACGUGCGCAUUUUUCAUUCUGGUUUUUAUCAUUCUAUCGUAUCGUAUUUUCGGUGAAGUACCUGGCGGUUUGGAGUGCUUAUAUUUCUUUAUACGUGUAAUGUUUCAAAGUUGAAAUUUUUGAACCAUGAAACACAGGUGGAUUCUCUCGUUUUUGAUCUCUGUAUUGAAGCUACAUUUUGUUUUGAGCGUUGAACUUACGUUCGAGCUGUACGAUAAUGCCAAAGAUUGCUUCUACGAAGUUAUCGAUAGAAACAUCAGCACCACUUUGGAAUACCAAGUAGUUACUGGAGGUCAGUACGAUGUGGACGUUGCGAUUGAAGGACCUUCCGGCGAGAUUUUAUAUCAACAGUAUAAAUCUCAGUUCGAUAGUCAUACUUUUGUUCCGCAAGUAGCCGGAGUGUACGCGGUUUGCUUUAGUAACGAGUUUUCUACGUACUCGCAUAAAGUCGUGUAUAUGGAUUUCCAAGUAGGAGAAGAGAAACAACUCCCAGUCGUAGAUGAACACAUUACUGUGAUGACGCAGAUGGAAGCGUCGUCUCAAGAAAUCCAUAAAAAGCUUAAUCAGAUUAAUGAUUUUCAAACUCACCACCGGCUUCGCGAAGCUACUAGUCGAAAAAGAGCCGAAGAUCUUAACCAAACGGUAUUCUGGUGGUGUUUUUCGGAGACUUGCGUUAUUCUCAUUACAAUGUUCGGUCAAGUCUUGAUUGUUAGAAAUUUCUUCAGCGAUAAUCGGUAUCAGCGUAUGAGAGGAAACCGUUUCUAAUUCGUUUUUUUCGUAGCUUUCGUUCGAGUCAAUACUGUAAUUAUUCGUAGUUGUUUUCUGUAAAUAACUAAAUCGAUGUACUGUACAGGUAUGUUUUUCGUUUCCAUACGGUAUUUACGUCGUCGGUAACUCGACCAAGUUGUUUUGUCGAAUACUCUCGGCGUUAUUGUCGACUAAGAGCUCUUCGAAUGUUUUUUAUGUACAUAUAUGUAUAAAUUGGGAAAAUGUCGCGUUAACGCUUCGUUUAUUUAGCAACAAUUUACUCGGCAGUGUAGGUAAUUUCAAAUCGGAACGUCGCUGUAAUCCCAGCUCUAAGCUCAUCACGCGUACGAAUGUAAAACGCGAAUUAUCGAAUUUAUUUUUCAGUCGAGUAUCGCGUAGUUACCUCUGAAAAUCAAACGGCAUUAGCCAAUGUUCCGAUUGUACGCUGCCUAAUUACAUAAUAUUUCAUAUCGAACAUUUAAAUAUAUUUUUUGUCAAAGCGUAUUCUACCUAUCUACGAGUAAUAUUGAAACGAUUGAUCUUGAUUGAUCGCUCAUCCUACGUACAACAGUUGCCAGAAAUUCAUUUGUAUAGUUUCCGCGUACUCGGUACUGUAUCAUCUGUUGAGGAAACUGUACCUGUACGUGAAAUGAAAAAACUUUCAAACGUUGCGGUAUAAUUUUUUAGUUAAUUUGUGAUUGUAUGUACCGUAGUAUUACUACCUAUGUGAACUACGAAGUUGUCGUGUUAAACUAGAGUGGACUUAUUUCACCAUCUUUACUCUUGUUUUCUCUGUUCGCCUAGUUAUAAUAACUGUCGCUUAAAUUAUUAUCAACCCUCGAUCCUCGUAUGUAUAUGUAUUUAAUAAUUAAAUGUUGUUGGCGUGUUUUAAA